AUGCGUCGAUCAACGUCAGUGUCAUCGUCUACGGCGCGGAGUAGCGGGAGGAGGAGGGGAAGCGACAGUAGCAGCAAGACGCCCGAGACGCCGGCUGCCGCCGCCGCGGUAGCAGUCGGUCCGAGUACUAGCAGCAGGGCGAGCUUGGCUAGCAGGGCCUGCGAUGCGUGUCGGGCCCGUAGGAGGAAAUGCCACUUUGAAGAGGAUGCGCAGAGUCCCGGGGCGCAGUGCCGCGAUUGCAUCCGGCUCGGGAUCUCUUGUAGCUUCCUUGUGCCCACGAGGCCGAGGGGUCCGAAGCGAAGGAAGAGGCUCGCUUCAAUGUCGGAUAAGAGUGACAUCGGGCCGGCAAACGAGACUGAGACACCGGCGCAGUCACAGGCAGAAAGACCGGUCUCGCGGUCCUUGAACCAUGAGCCGGUCCUGGUCUUGCCUGCUGAGGAUGGCCCUCGUCUUCCGAGGGUGUCGCAGGCUAGAUCGCCAUACGAUACCUCGCAUGCGGUCCUCAGCGGCCCGUCACCUCGCACAGGAGUCGCAGCAGCAGCACACACCGAGUCGCCGUCGAUAUCCGGCCAGGGGUUUCCGACAGAUGAGGUCUGCUCCAGGGCGCUCAUCAACAUCAUGAUGGCCGACUACCUCGACCUGGUCUACCCCCUGGUGCCCGUCGUCCACCGGCCGACCUUCCGCCACGACCUCGCCAGCAACCGCGAUCUCACGGACCGUGACUUUUUUGCGCUGCUGAUGAGUCUCGUGGCUCUCACUGUAGGGCUGCUGCCGUCGCGGUUCAGGGUGUACCGGGCCGUUGAUCCUGAAGUCGGUAUCCGCUUCGAGACGCGCACGGCGUUCAUCAACUGCUGUGCUGAGAUGGCUACACGACUGAGAGAUGCGACGUACUUUGAUCAGAUUAACUCACGAAAAUGGGCCGUCUCGAUGUUUGAUAUCGAGUUCAUGCAGCUUGGGAGGCUACUCGGGCUUCAUCGCAUCUCAGACUACGACGGGCUCAACUGCAUCGAGACACAACUCCGAAAGAAGGCGUUUUGGCUUCUGUUUUACGCUUGGGCCCACACCAAAGUCCAAAGCGGCCGCUCAGAACACCUCACCUACUUCCACCCCAACGACCUCCGCGAAGUCAACUUCGAAGCCCUGAUGCCCCUCGCCGUCGACGACGAGCAAAUCUUCGAAACGCGCAUCGUGCCCUCCGUCCCGCCCAUGAUCUCCCCCGGCACACCCGGCGCCCAAGACCCGCCGCGCCCGCCGCAGCUCACGCUCACCAGCGCCUUCAACCUCCACUCCCGUGUCUUCCUCAAGGGCCUCCGCGAGGCCAUGACCACCGUCGGCUGCGAGUGCGAGCUCCGCCGCGGCGCCGCCGUCCGCCUCGCCCGCCUGCGCGACCUGCUCGCCGAGCUGCGGUACAUGCUCGACGACGCGCCGGGGCCGAUGCGCCAGUGGGCGUCAGCGGACAGCUACGAGGCGCCCGUCACGCCGUGUGGCGGGGACAGCCAGCCUGCGGUGUCGAGCUACGAUAGCCCUGCCGCGGAGAUGCAGAGCCGGGUGGUGGACCACUCGAGGAUCGCCCAGGGCCAGGCGGACAUCAUGCGGGCGAAUUUGCAUGUUACGCAUCUGUGGCUGCAGAGCAUACUGCUGGAGCAGAUUGAUGUGGUGUUGCAGGAGAGCGCGAUCGGGCCGAACGCCGCGAUGGCGGGUGAGGAUGUGGCGGCGGCGUUGAAGGCGAACUGGGCUGAGAGGGAGGACAUUUGUCGGCAGCUGCUGCACUUGUUGCAUAGCAUUCCGUACGUCUACCUCGAGCCGAAUGGGCUGUAUCUGACGUACAAGGUGCGGGAUGUGGCAGUGACACUGCUCAACUGCCCCUUUGAAGCCCACGAGCGGCCUGCGCGGCGCGCUGCGGAGUACAUGCGCGAUUUCACGAGGGCAUUGUCGCGACUUGACCGGAGCGAGUUUGUGAAUACCAACAGCUUGAAGAGCUGGGUCGAUGUUGAUCGGGAGAUGGCGGUGCAGUGA